AUGAGGUCCCCCAACUCUAUGCUUUCUGUCAGAAAUAUAGGUGUACAAUUAUUUCCAAGACAGUUGGACUAUUUCCUCGAUGCCUAUCGUCAGGCAACCAAACAUCCAUAUGGAUAUUUGGUCAUAGACAUGCACGCUUCAUCAGAUCCAACUCUACGUCUCAGAACAAACAUAUUUAAGGACGAUGAAGAGAAACUUAUUUUUAUUCCAAAAGAUGGUUAG